GGGCGGUCGUUAAUAUUCAUGAGGUGACGUCACGGGGCGGUCGUUAAUAUUCAUGAGGUGACGUCACGGGGCAGCGUAAAAUUGCGGGUCCCUCACUCCUAGUGCCAAAAAAUGUCGAUGAUUUUAGAGAAGUCCGCCAUGUUUGGGCAUCAGGAUGAAUAUCACCCGUUUAUCGAGGCCCUGCUGCCCCACGUGCGCUCCUUCUCGUUCGCCUGGUUCCACCUUCAAGCUCGCAAACGUAAGCACCUCAAGAAGCACGACCGGCGGAUGUCAAGCGCAGAGGAACGGGCGGCGAAGGAUGAGCUCCUCGCCGAAAAGACCGAGGUGAAACAGAAGUGGGCCUCCCGCCUCCUGGCCAAGCUCCGCAAGGACAUCCGUCCCGAGUGCCGUGAAGACUUCGUUCUGUCCGUGACGGGACGCAAGCAGCCCUGCUGCGUGCUCUCCAACCCCGACCAAAAGGGCAAGAUGCGUCGCAUCGAUUGCCUACGGCAGGCCGACAAGGUGUGGCGCCUUGACCUUGUAACGGUCGUCAUAUUCAAGGGCGUUCCACUUGAGAGUACGGACGGAGAGCGACUCGCCAAGUCGACUCGAUGCCUUCACCCAGGGCUGUGCGUUCAGCCCAUGCACGUGAGCGUCUGUGCCCGAGAACUCCACCUCUACAUCGCCUACCAUGCCACCCCAGCCUCACGUGCAGAUUCUGGAGAUUCAGACAGCCCAAAGAAUGAAAAUAUGUCCCUGGCUGACACCGAAAUUAAGACAGAAAACGGUAUCUCUGGCUACCAGGAAAGUUUUGUGACCCUCGGAGUUUUUGGAAUAAAUGAACUCAUACGAGUUUCCAGAGCACCUAUCGUGAGCGGGCCGGGUGUGGCAUUUGUGUCCGAGACCGAAAACUCUGCUUAUUUCUCCGCCAUCGGGAGACUCGGUCACGGAUCUGGGUCCGGUCCAAUCUCACCCGGACUCGUCAGCGCCAGGGACAUGAAAGUGGCUGGGGUGACACCAAUGGAGGCCUUCGACAGACAGAAGUGGAGGAGGGAGACCCGGGCAGCCGACCCCAUAGCAACGUGGGAACAGUGGCCUAAGCGCCACAAGCCCGGGGACGGUCUGGAUGAGCCCGGCUCGGAGGGGGGCGGAGGGUUUUAUUCUCGACACGAGGACUCGGACUGGGGCAGCCACAACGCAGAGACCAGUAACAACUACUACUACAACAGCAACAACUACAGCUUCAACAACUACAAUUACAGCUUACCAGGCCACCUGUCCCACGGGCCAGGUUUUCCUCCGCCCUCCAUGUUGCAGCGUUCCUUCUUCCACCCAGCCCACCCCUGCAUCCGUUACCCUGUGGAUGCCAUGUUGGGUGGUGGCAGUGACAACGCAGACCAUGGCUCUUCCUCGCAGCCCAAUGGCGGCGUAGGGAAGUCGGCUUCUGUGGCUGCCGCGGCAGCUGCAGCUUCUGCUGCAGCGGGAGCGUCUUUCCCGCCGGGGCUGCUCACGCAAGUCUCCAGCGUGACACGGCCAAUCCCCCUGGUGAUGUCGGCCGACAGGAAGCUGAUGACGUCAGUGUCCGAUGGCCGUGUGACGCCCGUUGCCACGCCAGUUCUCACCAUGAAACACGAGUUGUAUCAGCAGUCCUCUGAGGAGUCGGCACAAGGAUUUUCAAACUUCUGAUAAUUCAACUGCAUUCAACUCCACUCCAUUCCACUCAGCGAAACUUCAAUUCAACUCAGCAGCGUUCAAAUUCAACUCAGAUUCAACAUGUCCACUUAGCGCAAUACAACUUGACUCCAUUCAAUUCCACACACAUAAACUCCAUUACAUUCAACAAAACCCAACUUGACUCAACGCCACUCAACACAGCUCAAACCAAUCCACUCAGCUUCAAAUAUUUCAACUCAAUGUCACUUGCACUUAAUCUCAAUCCCACUGUCAACUGAACAUAAUUCAACUCGACUGAACUCGAGUCACCUCAACUCGAUUUCAUUCAACUUCACUCAACUUCACUUCACUCCCACUCAACUCACCUAAUCUCAAAUCCACUCACCUCCAGCAAAACUCAGUUCCACUCAACUCCGAUUCCACUUCAGUCCUCUCCACUACACCCACGCAACUCCACUCAACGCAGAUCCUCACGACUCACUAAUUUCCAGUCCUCUAAAGUCGAAAUUAUUCAACCCCUCCAAACUCUUAAACUAAAUUAAACUCUUAUUAACUCAAUGUCCGUGUAACUUGACUCCAAAAUACCUGCACUCCAUUCAUAUCCACUCAACUGCGUUUGAAGAAACUCAACUCCAUUCAAUUCGACUACACUCCACUCAACUCCACUUCCACUCCUUUACACAGCAACUUACAUGGUGGAGUGCAACUCAAUUACACUUAAUUUGUCUUAAUUCCACUAAACCCGUUCAACUCGGUUUAACUUCGUUCAUCUCCCAAUUCAACUUUCCUCAACUUCAAGGCCCUGUUACUCAACUCCAUUGAACGCGUCUCGAUUCCCUCCGGCCCCAUUAAGUCUCCUGAAGCCAGUAUUAGAGCGUCGGUAAAAAUACUCGGAAGCGCACAUGAGUGUCGAGAGAGAGUACUGGCGCUCAUUUUUAAGAUCCAGUAUUUUUUGGAAAUUCUUGGAAGCCCCUGUGGGGCGAAGGAAGAAGCUGCCUUUCGUUUCUAAGACCCUGUGUUUGUAGAAAUCGUCGUAAGCCCCGCCGAAACGGCUUUUUUACAACUCGUAGGAGUAGCAGAACUUCCAAGUGUUUCUACCGGCCAUUACAGAGUAUGUGAAUGUAAUAAGACUGAUGGCGGUGUAGAUGUUGAUCAUUGAUGAUGAUCAUCAUCAUGGUAGUGGUGGAUGUGAUAAGCAAUGUUUAUCAAUUCAGAUUUGUAUUGAUGACUUUAUUAAAUGAUGGUGGAUGCGAUGAUGAUUGAUAUGAUUGUGAUGACUGUUGUGGUGGCGAUGCUGAUGAUGAUAAGCAUUACUUUAUUAUUAGUGUUAUAUAGUUUAUAUAUAUACACGCACUUGCAAGCUGUUAUAUACAUAUAUAAAAAAAAUCCUGGACAGCUCAUUAUAACCGAUCGUUUGCUCAAAAACAAAUGUAACUGCUUCACAUACAUAAAAGUCCAGCUCUUGUUUUACCUGGAAAUAUUUAAAAAGUAAUAUGCAUACAUCAUACGAUAUUAUUACGAAAAAGAGAAUGUGUAUUUUUGUAAUACGGUGAUAAAAUCUGAAUGUUCAUAUCGGGGUUGGCAAAAAAAAGGCAUUUGUGGUUUUAAGUUUUAAAUUGUCAAAAUAUAUACUGUAUUAUAUUAAAGUUAUAUAUAACGUAACAAAAUAUAUUUUAAAGGUUUUCUUGUGAUAAGAUUGUGUUUUAAAGGAAGACACAACCGAAAAGAUCAGAUUUUUUUCUCGCAACACGCCUAAGAGACCUUAGUUCUGUGCAGUUCUGACCCAACACGAGUCUGAAUCUUCGUUUCGGGGGGGGGGGGGGGGGGUGAAAAUUUAUAGAUAAAUGUCUUUCGUCAGUGCCGUUAUAGCGCGCUCUCGUGGCCUCAUUGCCGUGUGAACACCGUACAUUUGAACGAGACUGUCAUGACACCCGACGCAUGCUGGGGAGCCAGUGAUACAUCUGUUGCGAUGCCGUGAAGCAUGCUGGAAGCUGGCCAUGUUAAGUCAAUGAACGUUGGCUCGUGCUGGGGAAUUUGAACAGAAAUGUCUGUUGCUGGGCCGAUUCGACAGGGUUUUCUUUGAGAAGGAAUUUGGCAGUUUUAUAUUUACAGCAGUGGAUAGAAGCUGUCACACUGCCACGUGUCAACGUUUUUGUAACAAAAUGCACUUUUUUUUGUUGCGUCUUCCUUUAAGAUAUUAAGAAACCCCAUCGACUUGAUGGGUUUUUAUUUUCUAUAUUUGAACUUAAAGUUGCGGUCACUAAGCUUACGAUUAAUUGAGUUUGAACAUGGAAUUCAGUUAAUGGAUUUAGAUUUACUCUUCAAUUUGAUUAAUUUUAAGAGCAUUUGGGUCACUUAGGUAUGUUCAUUAUUAAUACAUAAUUAUUUAAAUCGAUUUAAAAUAAAUCAAUUCACAAUCACAUUGAUUUUAAACAGACAACCUUGGUAAUGUUGCCGUCCUUUUCAUGAAACAAAACAAAGAAAUACUUUGCAUUUUCACUAACCAGACAUAUACACCUGAAAAAAAAUCCUCCAUGGGAUGACUACAAGGAAGAACUUUACUUGCUGUCUUUUUUUUUUUAGGUGGCUGGGUGGCUCAGGGUCAUAAUGGCCAUGUCAGAGAUGCUGAGCUGGAACUGCUGAGGCCCUGGGUUCGAGACCUGGGUCUGAGUCUCUCUCAUCAACCCUCUACACUUGGGAACCUGGUUUAAUAGAGGUAGACUGAAGCUCACAUUUUAAUUCCAGGAUCUCAGUGUUUUUGACAGCCAUUAUGAACCCGAUUCCACUGAUAUUAAGCCCCUGAUAUUGACGCGCAGACCUUUAAUUCGGGAUCGUCAGUGCUGGCUUAGUAUCUCUGAUGUAUCACUGUAAGAACAUUUUUGUUGGUAAUCAACAGUCGAUUGUGGAUUUGGGUUGUUACUAAAUUUAUAUUUUAAACCUGGUUGAAAAUUUGUAACUAAGUUUAAACAACAAUUCUUCAAUAAACUAGGCUUUUAACUGCGCUCCGUUACUGGUUUUUGCAAUCGUAUAAGGAAAUGCAGUGAACGUAACUCCAAGAAUAUGUUGAACUACAUGAGCAUUUUUUUCAACAUCGCUGACAUUUAUUAUUGGUAAAUUGUCGAUUUUUAAAACUCAUAAAAAGACUUUUCAGCUUUUUGUAUUUUAAGCAUUAUAAAUGUGCAAAGGGUUUCAACUUUCUUGUUCAUGUACCUUGGUUUUAACAACAAUAAAACAUUUAUGAAAUGAG